AUGUGGCCCAUGCCCAUGUGGGGGAUGAUGCCGAUGCCCGGCAUGGGCGGGCCGAUGAUGUACGGGAUGCCUGGGAUGAUGCAGAUGCAGGCCCAGCAGCAUCAGCAGCAGCAGCAGCGGCCGGGUGGCUGCGCGGCGCCGCACCAGCAGCAGGAGCAGCAGCAGCAGCAGCAGCAGCACGCCGCAGGCUUCUUCGGCGGCGCCGACUGUGACGCGCAGGCCAUGCAGGGUGUGAUCCCUCCAGCGAUCCUUUCGGGAUGA